AUGGUUGUUGAUAUUUGUGUUGAUCACCCCACUGCUUUUUGGAAUAGAAAAGGGCAUACUGUCACUCUUCCUUAUGAAGAUAAUUUCUCCGAGGAUAAUACCUCGACUAAAUCACGACCUUGUCAGAUGAAUACUGAAUUAGUAGAAUUCUGCAAAAAGGAAAUUGAUAAUUUGUUAGAGAAGGGUUUAAUAAAACCUUCAAAAUCUCCUUGGUUUUGUACUGCCUUUUAUGUUAAUAACGCACAGAAAAGGAACGUGGUGGUCCCAGUAUGGAGCCUUCAUGGAAAAAGGCCCGAGGAAGAGGAAGAGAAAAAGUGGGAAGAUCAUCCCACAGAGAGUCAUACUCUCAAGGAUCAUCAUACGGACCCUCAUCUACAUCUCAAGGAUCAUUAG